CGAGGAGGCGCGGGAGACCCGCGAAAGGGACGACGAGGCGGCGGCGGCGGAGACUGCAGCCCUGAAAUGCAUUUUCUCCUCCAGCGGCCAUGUUAACCAGGAAACCUUCGGCCGCCGCUCCCGCCGCCUACCCGACGGGCCAAGGAGGGGACAGCGCCAUUCAUCAGCUUCAGUCUUCCCCCGGGGCUCGGCGCGGGGCCCCUCGGACCGGAGUGGGGACCGGCCCGCCCUCCCCCAUCGCCCUGCCGCCUCUCCGGGCCAGCAACGCUGCCGCCGCAGCCCACACGUUGGGAGUUCAAGACCAGGGUUCAGUUGAUUCUGUUUUUGGUGAGAUCUCUUCCUGACUUGCUUGCAGAUGGUAUGUUUUCACGGGGUCCUUUCCUUGGUGUAUGUGCAAGAAGAGAUAGAGAGAUAGAGAUAGAAAUGGAAUAGAGAGAGAGAGGGAGAUAACCUCCUAAAUAAAUGAAAUAACCUCCUAAAUAAAUGGCCUUUGAAGCUCUAGAAACUUUCUCCCUAAAUGCAUCUUUGAAAUAUACGUCCUCCAGAGUUGUGUUGUAGAAUUCAAAUAUAAUCAUGCUAUUUUUUCUAUGAAAACAAUAACAAAAAAACCCUUUGUUUAUUUCUCUGUAGACUACUACUACUGUUACUACAAUUUUCACCACUAUAUUUCCUUUUCCUAUGUAUAAACUGUAAUUACCACUACUAACUAUUGCUACUACUACUAUUAUUUCUAACUAACAUUUAUUGAACAUGUAUUAUGUGCCAGACAUAAAUGUAUACUGCUUAAAAACAUGGACUUUGGAUUAGACAGAUCUUUGUUUUAAUCAUACUCUACCCACUUACUUGAAAAUCAUUUUAUCUCAGUUUCCUCUAUGGUAAAAUAUGGAUAGUAAUAUCUAAAGUAUAACAGUAUUUUCUAAAAACUGGGAUAAUCCAUGCAAAGCACAACAGUUGUAUAUAGUAAAUACUUGC